CCCAGCCCAUCCUGACUACCAAACAAACGCAUGAUAUACACCACAAUCCCCACCGAUUUCCACCUCUCAAAAACCCUAACAACGACCAAUAGUUUACCUCUCACACACACUCCCAUAGUAGGGUUCUGCUAAACCAACCGGCGGCACCGCCACCAGCAUUCCCACGUCGGGGAACACUAGCAAUGGACUUCGACGAGUACGAUUAUUAUUUGGAGAAAACCGUGGAAGAAACCAACGGUCCUCCGUCCAAAACGAAGGAGACUAAGGACUCCGCCGAGAAAGAGAGAGACAAGGAGAAAGGAUAUCGGAGAAAAGAGCGUGGCGACGAGGACGAAGGUGAUAUUGACGAGGACGAAAGAGAUCGGAAAAAUUCCUCCAGCAAAAGGUCCCGGGGAGAUGACGAAAACGGCCGAGAUAGAGACCGCGAGAGGGAACGAGAUAGGGAUAGGGAGAAGGAGAGGAGCUCGCUCCACCGGAGUCGAGAUAGGGAGAGUGAGAGGAGUUCGAGGGACAGGGAUAGAGACAAGGAGAAGAGGGAGAAAGAGAGAGAUAGGGAUAGGGAAAGAGAUAGGGAGAGGAGAGACAGAGACAAGGAGAAGGAGAGGGAGAGGGAUAGGGACAGGGACAAGGAGAAGGAGAAGGACAGGGAGAGGAGGGAUAGGGAAAAGGAGAAGGAAAGAGAUAGGGAAAUGGAGAGGUCGAAGGAAAUGGAGAGGUCAAGGAGGAGCCGAAGCAGGUCCAGGCUCGAUCGUGAAAGGGAGAGAGAGUUGAUCAGGGAACGAGAGCGCGAGCUCGAGAUGAGGGAAAGCAGGAGAUUUAAAGAAAAGAAAGAAGCGGUGGAACCUGAGGCUGACCCAGAAAGGGAUCAGAGAACAGUAUUUGCUUACCAGAUGCCCUUGAAGGCAACUGAGAGGGAUGUUUACGAGUUUUUCUCAAAAGCAGGAAAGGUGAGGGAUGUACGUCUUAUCAUGGAUCGAAAUUCGAGGAGAUCAAAAGGAGUUGGGUACAUUGAGUUCUUUGAUUCCAUGUCUGUGCCGAUGGCAAUUGCUCUAUCUGGGCAUCUACUUCAUGGACAGCCUGUUAUGGUUAAACCAUCAGAGGCAGAAAAGAACCUUGUUCCAUCAAAUGCUUCCAGUAAUUCAAGCGUUGUGGGCCCGUAUGGUGCAACAGAUAGGAAACUCUAUGUUGGAAAUUUACAUUUCAACAUGACUGAAUUUCAGCUUAAACAGAUUUUUGAAGCAUUUGGGCCCGUUGAACUUGUACAGCUGCCUACUGAUCCUGAGACUGGACACUGCAAAGGUUUUGGCUUUGUUCAAUUUGCUCAACUAGAACAUGCAAAGGCUGCGCAAGUUCUAAAUGGGAAAUUGGAGAUUGCUGGUCGAACUAUUAAGGUUUCAUCUGUUACGGAUCAUGUUGGAGUGCAAGAUUCAGGGCAGAAAACUGCCGAUUUUGAUGAUGAUGAUGGGGGUGGAUUGGCUUUGAAUGCUCAAUCAAGAGCAAUGCUAAUGGCAAAACUGGAUCGCAGUGGGAUUGCGUCAAGUGUUGCUGGUUCCCUUGGAGUACCUGCGCUUAAUGGCGCAACUCCUGCACAACAAUCCAUAACCAUGCCCAUGGUUGCACCUACAGCAAUGUCUGCUCCGGUACUUCCAGCACAAGUUUUAAUGCCCCCAGAGCCCAUUGGCAACCCAAGCGAGUGUUUACUUUUGAAGAAUAUGUUUGAUCCUGCAACUGAGACGGAUCCAGAAUUUGAUUUGGACAUCAGGGAUGAUGUGCGUGAAGAAUGUUCAAAGUAUGGCCCGGUGAAGCAUAUCCUUGUGGACAAGAAUAGUUCUGGUUAUGUUUAUUUGCGCUUUGAGAAUGUGGAGGCUGCAGCACGUGCUCAACAAGCCAUGCACAAGCGAUGGUUUGCUCGCCGAUUGAUUUCAGCAAUCUUCUUGCAACCAUAUGAAUAUGAUGCAAAAUUUAAAGGGGCUGCUUGAUACUGUUCCGCAUGCUGGAAUCAAUGUGGAUGGAGUACAACCUUAAAGUGGAGUUGCUGAGCGUGUUUGCUUAUGGUUUCAUUACGAUGUGGAUUACAAUAACUCUACUUGCUUCACAUGUAUAAUUUGGUUUUAGAUUUGGUUAUUGUUAUGUGGUGGAUGUGUAUACAAUUUGAUCGAUUAUUUUCCCUUUGAAAUGUAGUACCGAAUAUUUUUAUUAGCAUGAUAGCAAAUGUUGUUGGGAUGGUUCGAAAUUUUCUA